UCAGACAGACAGCUUGCAUAAUUUGCUGUGACUUUUGGAGUGUAACCUGAAGUAGCAUCUUGCAGAUACUUUCCACUGUGUGGCAUCGGUGCGGAGCAUCAGUAGCUGGCUGGGAUCAUCCUCUCAUCACCGUCAUCAUUCACAUCGAGUACAUCACCAGAAUGAUCAUAAGCAUCGCUCUCAUCUGGGCAGUUUUGGUGGGAUUGUGCUGCCUUCUCUGGCUCGCUGUGGGAAUACGACACAGGCAGCCUGGUGAACCUGCAGUGGAGAAUGGCUUCAUCCCGUACCUGGGUUGCGCUUUGCAGUUCGGCGCCAACCCUCUGCAGUUCCUUCGCAGUCGCCAGAAGAAGUACGGCCAUAUUUACUGUAAGAUCGCCGGGCAGUACAUCCACUUCCUGUGCGACCCUUUCUCUUACCAUUCAGUCAUCAGGCAGGGCAGACACCUGGACUGGAGGAAGUUCCACUUUGCGACGUCCGUUAAGGCUUUCGGUCAUGACAGUUUCGACCCACGCCACGGCCACACCACCGAGAACCUUCACCAGACCUUUCUGAAGACCCUAAUGGGCGAAGCUAUCCCCUCCCUGAUAGAACCCAUGAUGGGUCACCUCCAGGACGUCAUGCUGAGGUCGGACACACUGAGACCCAGCAGGGACCACUGGGAGGUGGACGGCAUCUUUGCUUUCUGUUACAAGGUGAUGUUUGAGUCCGGCUACCUCACUCUGUUCGGGAAGGAUCUCGGAGAGGAUAAGUCCCAGGCUCGGCAGGCGGCUCAGAAGGCCCUGGUGCUCAACGCUUUGGAGAACUUCAAAGAAUUUGAUAAGAUCUUCCCUGCGCUGGUGGCUGGCUUACCCAUCCAUGUUUUUAAAAGCGCCUACAGUGCACGAGAGAACCUGGCGAAGACCAUGCACGCUGAGAAACUGUCGAAGAGAGAGAACGUGUCAGAUCUGAUCUCCAUGAGGAUUCUGCUCAAUGACUCCCUAUCGACGUUCAACGACAUCAGCAAAGCCCGGACCCACGUGGCCCUCCUGUGGGCUUCCCAGGCCAACACGCUCCACGCUACCUUCUGGAGCCUCUUCUAUAUGAUCAGGAGUCCAGAUGCCAUGAAAGCAGCUCGAGAGGAAGUCCAUAAAGUUCUGGAGGAAUCCGGUCUGACCAUUGAUCCUGCUGACCCUUCACUAAAUCUGACCAGGGACCAGCUGGACAACAUGCCAGUUCUUGACAGCAUCAUCAAAGAAGCCAUGCGUCUCUCCAGCGCCUCCAUGAACGUUCGCGUUGCCAAGGAGGACUUCCUGCUUCACCUCGACAACCAGGAAGCUUACCGUAUAAGGAAGGAUGAUGUCAUCGCUUUGUAUCCGCCCAUGCUGCACUACGAUCCAGAAAUCUUCGAGGACCCCUAUGAGUACAAGUUUGACAGAUUCCUGGAUGAGAAAUGUCAGGAGAAAACCACCUUCUACCGUAACGGCCGUCGGUUGCGGUACUUCUACAUGCCCUUCGGCUCCGGCGUCACCAAAUGCCCCGGCAGGUUUUUUGCCGUCUAUGAGAUCAAACAGUUCCUGUCUCUGGUGCUGGCCUAUUUUGACAUGGAACUUUUAGACCCAGCAGUCAAAGUGCCGCCUCUCGACCAAUCACGUGCCGGACUGGGAAUCCUCCAGCCGACAUAUGAUGUAGACUUCAGGUACAAACUCAAAUCCAAGCACUAGACUGUGGAGAAUCGACUGAAAUGUAAAUUGUACAUAUUUGUGUGUAUAUUUAUGCUCCUGAUGUAAAUAGACUGAAUAGUAUAUUUUUGUUGCUUUAAUUUGCUGCUGAAGAACAUGUAUGUUUUUAUGGAAAGCCAUAAAAAUUCACACUACCUGUGGAGCUGGGUGAUCU